AUGGCUCUUUCACCACUCACCAUACUUGUGGUCAUUGCCACCAUCUUCCUCCCAUCCAUUGCUGUGGCCAAGGACAUUGUAGUUGGGGAUGAUCAUGGAUGGACAGUAGGCUUUGAUUACUCUGCUUGGGCUGCUGAUAAGACCUUCUUUGUUGGGGACGUACUUGUAUUCAAGUAUCCUGUUGGAGAACACAAUGUAUUCAAAGUGAAUGGAACUGCAUUCCAGAGCUGCACUGUUCCUCCACCAAGUGAAGCAUUGACUACUGGAAGUGACCGUAUUGUAUUGGCAAUUCCUGGAAGAAAAUGGUACAUUUGUGGUUUUGGAGGUCACUGCAGUGCUGGCCAAAAGCUUGUUAUCACAGUUCAACCCCAAACACUGCCCCCAACCCUACCACCUGCCCCUGCACCUUCACCUUCUAAGGAUGGACCUGGUUUUGGUGGAUGGGUGUCUAAGAUAUUAACCAUAUUUCACUAA